CGUAGAGGCGACUCCAUUCCUUGUGUCAGUGCUCAUUCUAACAACAACAACAACGGUUAUCCACCUCAAAAAGGCGGCCUCGGGCAAGUGCGUCAGAAGUCUUUUACACUGCCGCCAAAGGUUCCUGACGAAAUGGAUGCCGAGGAGGUGUCGUUGUCUUUCCUCGAGAAGUUUUCCAUCCUGAAGAUGCCGAGCUUCUACGUGGUGGCCAUCGGCGCUGUGGUCGAGAUCUACGGCUACAACGUCUUUCUAGAGACUAUCGACAGCUACGCAGUUGACAAAGGGGCCCCAGAGUCAGAAGCCGACAUGGCAGUUACGUACGCGACUGUUCUGGAAAUCUUUGGCUACGUGGCAGUUCCCCUCAUCGCCGACAUGGGCUUCAUUGGUCGACCUACCAUGGCGGCCAUGUGCUUCGGUGUCAUGGCACUCUUGUAUGGUGCGGUGCCACAUGCACCGUGGUCAGUGCCAUACUUGUCUGUCGAUGCCAUCUUGGUCAUGUUCGUGGCCACGACGAGCUCGCUACGCUGCUCCAUCAUGACGGAAUUAUUUGGUGCGCAGCAAGUUCCCGUGUGCAUGGCCGUGGCCGGCUUGCUGCUUAUCCCUGUGCAACUGUGCAGCCCAUCAGUCAUCGGGUUCUUUCGUGACGACCUCGGCUCGUACGACGGCAUGUACAGGCUUCUAGGAGCAUCGAACCUCCUCGCGGCCCUGCUGUACACACCUCUAGCCAUUCACACGUCUUGCAAGAAGGAGCCGGCUGACGACAAGACGCCCGAAAAAGUAACGGAGACGACGAGAAUGUAAUACUCGCCACUCUAAAAUUGAAACCAAGCGGCGCGCUUUGUGCCACCGCUGUCCAGAGAAAAGUUUCCAACGCUGACGUCCUCUCGAAAAAAUUUGCGCAUUCGCCCCAAGCGCGAAGUGCACACGACGAGAGCCACGUUAUGCAAAAGGGUCACUCCAUGCCAACUGUCCCUGACCUGACAAUCGAUCGACCGCAGCAUACACAGCUGCAAAGUUUGUGCCGUUUUGUUGCUAUACAUUAACCAUUGUAAAAAAACAAAAUUUUAGCGGCAAGUUGUGUCUCAUAGAUUACAGCUCUUUUUUUUUUGUUGAACGCCUGUAGUAUUGGGGCAAUUAUUUUGAAACUUAUUCUUGUAUGGUAAACCCCAAAACUCUAUUACCUUGGGCCGCUAUAGAGGUUCUGUUCAAACCUCGUAUUAAAAAAGUUUGAACUUUUUUGUGUUCCACGUUUUACAAAAUGCUUUACGAAAAAGCAAUAUCAGACACUUCCUAAUUUUAAUAAAUGUCUAUUCUGUCAGACUAAUAUAACUAUUCUGAUUUCUUCCAAGAAAUAUUUUUGUAUAUAAAUGUUCAUUGCUAGAAUGUGCUUCAGUUGUACUUGAACAAAAGUUGAAAAACCAGAGAAAAUACAUGCGAUCUACCGCGUAUUUCACCGCAUUUUUUCCCCAGUCACACCUACCCCAUUAGUAAAAAGAUUGCGAAGUGCAUCCGUCAGCCAUUCAUCUCAUUUCGAAAUACCAAACUGCAAAUAAAAUGAAUUUUUCUAGUGUG